AUGAAGGAUUGUCUCAUCAAGCUGCCAACAUUAACUGCACCAAACAAAGGAGAACCCUUGGUACUAUACCUAUCAGCUUCUGAUAGGGCAGUUGGAGCAGUAUUACUUGUCGAUCGUCAAGGUAUCCAAACACCAGUCUACUAUGUGUCACGAACCUUGACCGACCCAGAAACUCGGUACGCCAUCAUGGAGAAACUAGUCCUCGCACUGAUCCAUGCUUCAAGACGGCUGCGCAGGUACUUUGCCAACCACGUUAUACAUGUGUUAACAAAUUACAACAUUGGCAACAUCCUCGCAAGGCCAGAAAUCUCAGGAAGACUAGCUAAAUGGGCAAUUGAGCUGGGAGGUCUCAAUGUGGUUUUCAGACCACGACCAUCAAUCAAAGGCCAAGUCUUGGCAGACUUCAUGACAGAAGUUCCAGAUGACAAGGAUCGAGAAUGUAAAGCAAUGGAAAAAGCUGAGAAAAAGCAAGUAGAAGAACCAUGGUUGUUAUACACAGACGACGCGUCUAACGAAGACGGAGCAGGUGCAGGGCUAAGGCUGGUAAGCUCCGACAAACAUGAGUUCACGUACGCAAUACGUCUAGACUUCAAGAGUACGAACAAUGAAGCCGAAUAUGAAGCUUUCCUCGCUGGCUUAAGAUUGGCAAUAAAAAUGGGAGUCAAACACAUCGAAGCGCAUGUAGACUCCAUGCUCGUCGCAGGACAAAUCAACGGCCAAUACGAAGCCAAGGGGGAUGUAAUGGCACUCUAUCUCGGCCAAGCAAACACGUUGCUACAAACCUUCUACUCCUACAAGGUGCAUCACAUAAACAGAAGCGAGAACAAGCCAGCGGACGCGCUGAGUAAACUCGCAUCGACAAGUUUUCAACACCUAGCAAAGGAUGUGCGCAUAGAAGUCUUGAGCAACCCAUCCGUUCCACUCAGAGAAGUAAGCGUCAUCCAGACAGGGACAACGUCUUGGAUGACUCCGAUAAUCAUGUACCUUCAGUCAGGAAUACUUCCCGAGAACAAAGCUGAGGCGCGAAAGAUCCAGUACAAAGCCGAGCACUACCAGAUGGCCGAUGGAAUAUUGUACCGAAGGUCAUACCUCGGUCCACUGUUGAGAUGCGUUGAUGCCGAGUACGCAAACUAUUUGAUUAGAGAGGUACACGAAGGAAUUUGUGGUAUACAUGCCGGACCUCGAAUGGUGGUGGCAAAAGUGAUGAACGCCGGGUACUACUGGCCCGGGAUGCAUUUAGACGCCGUGAAAGAAUUGAGGAAAUGCAGCGGGUGCCAGAGACAUGCGCCCCAAAAAUGA